AUGCUGACGUCUCUUCCGUUAGGCAAGAUGGCGUCUCAGCAGCAGCCGGUUGGGCCGAUGUCUCAGCAAGGAUUGCAGCAGGCUGCUUCACUUCAACAGCAACAACAACAACAGCUCAGUCAACAGCAGGACUUUGACCCAGUUCAUAGAUUUAAGAUGCUCAUCCCGCAGCUGAAGGAGAGUUUGCAGAAUGUGAUGAAGAUUGCAUCCCUGAAUUUGGCACAUAAUACUUCAAUUGAUAACGGCAUUAAAAGCAGCGACACGUCAGUUCAGCGCUUCGACAAAAGUUUAGAAGAAUUUUACGCCCUUUGUGAUCAGUUGGAGCUGUGCUUGCGUUUGGCGUAUGAAUGCCUCUCACAGAGCAUCGACAGUGCCAAACAUUCCCCUAACCUGGUUCCCACAGCCACCAAACCAGACACAGUGCAGACAGAAUCCAUGUCUUAUGCCCAGUACCUUGGCAUGAUCAAGUCUCAGAUCUCAUGUGCCAAAGAUAUCCACAACGCUUUGCUGGAGUGUUCCAAGAAGAUUGCUGGAAAGGCACAGCCUCAGGGAAUCAUGUAG